AUGUCUGCUGAACCAUAUGAACCAGAAUUCCAACAAGCCUACAACGAAGUUUACAACUGUUUGAAAGACUCUACUUUGUUCGACAAGAAACCUGUCUACAAGAAGGUUUUGCCAGUUGUCUCUGUUCCAGAAAGAAUCAUCCAAUUCAGAGUUACCUGGGAAAAUGACAAAGGUGAACAAGAAGUCGCUACUGGUUUCAGAGUUCAAUUUAACUCUGCUAAGGGCCCAUACAAGGGUGGUUUGAGAUUCCAUCCAACCGUUAACUUGUCCGUUUUGAAGUUCUUGGGUUUCGAACAAAUCUUCAAGAACGCUUUGACUGGUUUAUCUCUUGGUGGUGCCAAGGGUGGUCUAUGUUUCGAUCCAAAGGGUAGAUCUGAUUCCGAAAUUAGAAGAGUAUGUUACGCUUUCAUGAAGGAAUUGUCCAGACACAUUGGUCAAGACGUUGAUGUCCCAGCUGGUGACAUUCAAGUUGGUGGUCGUGAAAUCGGUUAUUUGUUCGGUGCAUACCGUCACUACAAGAACUCUUGGGAAGGUGUUUUGACCGGUAAGGACUUGAACUGGGGUGGUUCUUUGAUCAGACCAGAAGCUACUGGUUACGGUCUGAUUUACUACACUGAAGCUAUGAUCAAGUAUGCUUCCCAAGGUAAGGAAUCUUUCGAAGGUAAGCGUGUUGUCAUCUCCGGUUCCGGUAACGUUGCCCAAUAUGCUGCUUUGAAAUGUAUUGAAUUGGGUGCUACCGUUUUGUCUUUGUCCGAUUCUAAGGGUUCUGUCAUCUCCGAAACUGGUAUCACUGCAGAGCACAUCUACGCUAUCCAAGAUGGUAGAGCAGCCUGGAAGACUUUGGAACAAAUCGUUGGUGAAGCUUCUGUCUUCUCUGGAAGUUCUGUGAAAUACAUCGCUGGUGCUAGACCAUGGGUUCACGUAGGUAAGGUUGAUGUUGCUUUGCCAUGUGCCACUCAAAACGAAGUUUCUGGUGCUGAAGCUGAACACUUGGUUGCCAAUGGUGUCAAGUUCGUUGCUGAAGGUUCUAAUAUGGGUUCCACUCAAGAAGCCAUCGAUGUCUUCGAAGGUGUUCGUUUGCAAACUGCCUCCGCUAGUGCUCCUGCCGUCUGGUACGCUCCAGGUAAGGCUUCUAACAUGGGUGGUGUUGCUGUUUCUGGUUUGGAAAUGGCUCAAAACUCCGCUAGAGUUUCAUGGACCAGAGAAACAGUUGACGCUGAAUUGAAGAAGAUCAUGACUACUUGUUUCGAUGACUGUGUUACUACUGCAAAGGAAUAUUCUAACGAAUCUAACGUUGAAGCUUUGCCAUCUUUGGUUAAGGGUGCUAACUUGACUGGUUUCAUCAGAGUUGCUGAUGCUAUGUUGCACCAAGGUGAUGUUUUCUAA